AUGGCGACCGCAGAUUUGAGAGACGGGCACAACCAGCAAGAUGAUAACUCGAUGCGUUUUCGUGUUCACCCCGAUCUUUUCUUCCUAAUGGACGUUCCAUGGGACGGACACAAUGAUAUCAAGCUCAAAUUGGGGGUAGAGCCUGUGGCACCAUCCUCAGUGGUAGAGUUGAUUCCAUCGCAAGAGGGCCAGAACACGACGGCACCUGCUUCGACUAAAACAUUGGGUAUCGACCCACCGUCACCGCUGCCUGUCGAAUCCAAAUCCCAAGCCGUCAAUAAUAUGCAUGAGACGACACCCGGCCUGGUUGACUUGGGUAGCGAGUUUGAGCCAAUUGAGGUGCAAGAAACAACUGGCGACUCUUUUGCAGGCGAAGUUUCGGACGUCAUUGUCUAUAAUCUCGACCGGGCAAUAGACAGUGCUGAGCUCGAGCGCCUGUUCCAGCCUUAUGGGAAGAUAUGGGAAGUCAAAAUAACUAUGGAUCAGCGUGGUGUAUCCUUGGGGCGCGGUUGUGUGACUUUCGCUGAUCACUCUGACGCACAACAAGCAGUCCGAGAUAUGGACAAGAAGAUGGUUGGGAAUCAACGCAUCACGGCCCUAGUAGUCGAACCGGCGUAUUCAUAACGUACAAGCUUCACAUCAGAGCUCUUGUUACGUACUGUACC